AUGGAUGAAAAGACUCAGAGUAGUCAGAUUAUUACAUCGUCAUAUACAGCGUUUACACCUACAUUCACAUUUAUACCAUCAUCUACUUCAACAAAUAGCAGAGGCAUUGAGAUCCCGAACACCCUUGCUGCUACUGCAGAUUCAGAAGCUACUGCCUACUCUCAUAAGAUGUCUCCAACGGUGAUUGUUACCAUCAUCAUCGGAUCUUUAACUUUGCCGGCACGUAACAAUACUGAUGAGAUUGGUCUAGAGACUGUUGUAUCCAAUCCAAUCCUUCCCCUCAUAUCGCAAUCAUCACCUCCCUCCGCACGCACCAUGCGCGAAUCCACCAUGACCAUCGAAUCUCUCACAUCUGAGUCGUCUUCCCUUCAGAGGAGACUAUCUCAGUCUUCUCGAAAUGCAAAUGAAGAAGAGAUGGUGCAGCUACGACAACAACUCGGGCACACAGACGAGCAGAUGGGUUUCGUUCAUGGUGGCUCUCUACCACCCUCUUACCACUCCGCCCGUAGGAGUGAUAAUUCAGAUCCUUUCCGCUCUUCCCUGCCACUGGCGACGCCAUUACCUCCGUAUGAGAUUGGUUGA